UAAAACCCAGUAAGGUCACAUUGCUCAGCCGCUUGCAGAGCCCUCCAUUUUUUUGUGCGUUGCAUUUGGGAAAACCUAAACCCUAGGGCCCUCCAUCGCCGGCAACAAUGGGUAUCUCUCGUGAUUCUAUGCACAAGAGACGGGCCACUGGAGGCAAGAAGAAGGCUUGGAGGAAGAAGAGAAAGUACGAGCUUGGCAGACAGCCAGCAAAUACAAAGUUGGUUCCUAAUGCUAAGACUGUUAGAAGAAUAAGAGUCCGAGGAGGUAAUGUGAAGUGGCGUGCAUUGAGGUUGGAUACUGGGAAUUACUCUUGGGGAAGUGAGGCUAUUACAAGGAAGACUCGUUUAUUGGAUGUGGUGUAUAAUGCCUCUAACAAUGAGUUGGUUAGAACGCAAACCCUGGUGAAGAGUGCGAUUGUUCAGGUUGAUGCAGCUCCAUUUAAACAAUGGUAUCUCCAGCACUAUGGAGUUGAUAUUGGUCGCAAGAAGAAGACUGCUGCUUCCAAGAAGGAAGGAGAGGAGGCUGAGGCUGUUCCAGAGGAGAAGAAGAGUAACCAUGUCCAAAGAAAGCUGCAAAAGCGACAACAGGAUCGCAAGAUUGACCCACAUAUUGAGGAGCAAUUUGCUGGUGGGCGUCUAUUGGCUGCAAUCUCAUCACGACCUGGCCAGUGUGGUCGUGCCGAUGGAUACAUCUUGGAGGGUAAGGAACUUGAGUUUUACAUGAAGAAACUCCAGAGAAAGAAAGGAAAGGGUGCCAGUGGUGCUGCUUAGAAUUGCACCUCCAUUUUUUUCACAUUAUGAUAAGUUCAGGACAAAUUAGAUUGGUCGUUAUUCCGUAUUCAGUAGUCUUCAUUGGAAGGGAACGAUAACUUCUUGUAACAGAGAUAGAUUCAAGUUUCUUUUGCAUAUGGUUAAUCUAAAAGUUUUGAGAACUGCCUACUUUAUCAAAAGAAGAAAUUUGAGAACAGCCUUAUCACUCGA